CGGUCAAUGUAGAUCAAAGGGACUUUGUAUUCGAGAUUUGUUCAAUAGAGAUUUAUCUGAUGUAUGAAGUGCAAAACAGCAAACAGCAGUACUCUUUUUUUUACUACUAUACCUUCCUUGUUCACUAUUUUAUGACUGUAAAUGAAAAAGAGGGAAAGAGUGGUGAUCAUGGAUGGGCUCAAGCUCAGCUCAUUUCCUCCUCCUAUUAUGAAUUUUAGGGAAUCAAUUUUGCAAGCAACUACAAAAGUUGACUUCGAGGAGUGGAAAUCAGCUUUAUUUUAUUGGCAUCCACCAGACGAUCAAAUCCCACAAAUCGAUGCCCUCAAGAUUAACUCUCCGCCAUUAAAGCCCGUGUUAUCGCGCCCUCAUCAUGCCAGUACUGGACGACUUUCAGAGCAGUCUUUGGUUUCACCAAAACCCAGGAUGUCUGCUGAAUUCCCAAUCAUCAUAAAAGGCGACCUUUUUGUGUUAGAUUUGCGGUCAAAGCCUAUGCAUUCGCAAAAUAAAGUCGGUACCUGGAAGCGAGUAAAUUGUUGCAUUCGAUCCAACGGCCAUUUUGCGCAAUAUAACAUUGGCGAGAACGACACCCCAUUUGAAACAAUACCCUUGGCUGAUACGCUUCGAACACAUAUUUGGGCAUUGGACAGCAGUUUGUUUUUGAAAAAGCACUGCUUCUCAAUAAAAUCACCAAACGAUGUAAAUUAUUACACAGUCUCGUUGAGACGGUCGAGUUCUGAUCAAGAGACCUUCAACAAAUGGCUUUAUGCUCUCAAAUCCUUUGCAAAGCCCGAAGUCUUUGGCGCGAGUGAGCUCCUGGAAUAUCGUCUUUUCAGGACAUUUUCAAUUACAGUCAGUGAUGGAAGGGGGCUGCCAAAGGAUUUAGAGGCCUAUUGCGAAAUUAUGUUAGACGACCAGAGGAGAGCUCGCACAAGUACGCGCCUGAAGGCGUCUCGGAACUCGGAUCCUGACACUUCUUUCUGGCGGGAUGAUUUUGAGUUCACUGACCUGGCAGCAUUUACGAAAGGAAUUACGAUAAAUGUUAUCCAAGUAAAAGGGAGCAAGCUGAUCCCUUUUGGAAGGACUUGCAUCCCACUUCGAGAUAGCCAGGAAUGCGACGAAGGCUGGUAUCCAAUCAUGAACAUGAAUGGUCGAUCCCGAUCUGAGCAUCUGGGCGACCUUCGACUGAAGCUCAAGUAUGAGGAGCAGUUCGUAUUGCCUCUUGCCAACUACUGUGAUGUAUUGGAGAUCAUUGUGAAUUUUCAAGAGAAUAAUGUCAUAUCCAAGCUCGCGGGGCUUGUGACGGACCUUGAAGGAUUCUCCAAAAAUGUGCUCCGCAUUCUUGAGGGAAAAGGCCUUGCAGUUGUAUGGCUCAACUCUCUGAUUGAUGAGGAAAUUGCGGAAGCCGAUCCAUCUCAUGUGAACACGCUAUUCAGAGGAAAUACCCUCCUGACAAAGGCAUUGGAUGCCUAUAUGCGCCUUGUAGGAACAGAAUACCUUGAUGAUACAUUGGGAGAUAUUUUGCGGGACAUUUGCAAAAACAAGGUAGCCUGUGAAGUUGAUCCUUCCAAGCUAGAAAAGAAUGAUGAUCUCAAGACGCAGUGGAAAAUACUGAAGCAUCACACCCGUGUCUGCUGGGGUGCAAUUACUGAAAGUGUCCAUAAUUUUCCAAAGGAGCUACUGCUUGUGUUCUCACAUCUCCAAAAGCGGCUCACAGAAAAGUUCUCGGUUCGUAGACCAUCGAAUAAACUGGACCCAGAGUCCGAGUUAGCUGAUUUAGCACGGUACACUGGCGUCAGCGGAUUCGUCUUUUUGCGCUUAAUUUGUGCUGCGAUCCUUACCCCUAAACUCUUUUACAUCGUGAGAGAACAUCCUGAAGCCCGUGCCCAUCGAACGCUGACAUUGAUUGCCAAGUCGCUUCAGGGUUUAGCGAAUCUCGUUAUGUUUGGAAUCAAGGAAGCGUGGAUGGUUCCUAUGAAUGAGUUCAUCGCAGAAAAUACAAAGAGCUUGAAGGGCUUUAUUGAUCAGAUCUGUCUUGCGGAUACAUGUUAUGAUACUGGGUCGAGUACAAAUUCGGUGCGAUCCAUCCCAAUGCAAGCUCCGCAUUCGCCUGGAUCAACUAAUUCUUCUGUCUUUCAAGGCACAACUAAUACCGACAACAACACCCACGGCAAUGCUAGCGUAAGCAAUAUAGGAUCAAGGGGAUCUAUAUUACCAAUACGAACAGGAGCUGGCAUUGGCGUUGGUGCUGGGGGGACUCCAUCCAUGAUGAUGGCACCAUUAUCUUCACCCAUCUUACAGCCACGCCUCAAUAACCUUCGGUCAUCAAUAAUAGAUACAGUUUUGCCGCCUGUUGGAGAUAUUGAGCAUGCCGCCAUAUUAGAUCAAAACCAGGAUAUGCCACUGUUGCCUCAUAUGAUUGACUUGGGCAAAGAGCUGGCUCACUUCACAAACACCGUUGCACGCGUGAUUCCACAUUGGCCGCACGAGUAUCAAGUUGAGGCAGAGGCUGCAGCAGAAGUGAUGCAGGAUGACGAGGAUUUGAACGUAAAUGGAAAUCCAUUUGAAGGAAAUGAUCGUCAGCGACAGCAGUACCAACUAAAUUGCUCUAAUGAGCAAAGAGAGGAAGAUAUUUUGCGUAAAGUAGGACAAGCAUGCUGGGAUGUAGUCGAAACGAUCCAGGAACGUGUUCAGCUCACUGUUGAGCUUGAACAAGAGGAGCGACUCCGAACGGCUGCUGCCGCUGCCGCUGUUGCUGUUGCUGCAGGGACAAGUGCAGGAGCAGGUGGAGCAGUAGGCAAUUUGCCUUAUUUUUCCAAAGCUAAGGUUUCGCGCGAAGGCUUUCGUGAUGGAGAAGAGUCCUACGUGGUAUAUGAGCAUUACGAUGGGAUGGAUCAUGAGUUGGAAAGUUUUGAUGGCUAUGAAAGAUUUGAUAGCGAUGACGAGUCCUUUAUUCAACAGUCCGCGUAUGAGUAGCCCUGAUGGAUGCAAAAAGACUUUUGCAUGUAAACUAUGCACCUUGGUUUUAUUUUUACUGAUGCAAAAUAUAUGAAAUAGAGCGGCGAAUGAGGAUAAUUACACUUGAUG